AUGGCCUCAGCACCUCCUACGGCCGACGCUCUCUCGGACCCCAACAACCCCCUGGUCAACAUCUCCUGCUUCGACCUGCUCCUGAUCGAGCUCGUCCCGCUAGCCGAGCGCAUGGCUCGUGCCUUCGAAGCGAGCCUUGACGGGCACAGCCUCGGUUCUCCAGCGUCUCCCACUUCCAAACGCGGCACGAGUGGUGCCACCAGCAAUCCCUCCACUACAACACACUCGUCGUCAACCGCGACCGGGGCGAACUCGGCCGUGGGGGCAGGAGCAGGAUCACCAGCACCAGUACCGUCGGGCACAGGGAUAGUACUGGCCGCCGACGGCCUUCCCAGCACCACGAUAUUCCGCGACAGCGUCUACGUGCGCCUCGAACGUCUCGGGUUCCGGGUCGGCGAAGGGCUGAGCGAGCGCUUCUCGUGCGACAGACCUCGGUUCACGGACCAGCUGGACGUCAUCAAGUUCCUGUGCAAGGAUCUAUGGACCGUCGUGUUCAAGAAGCAGAUUGAUAAUCUCAAGACGAACCACAGGGGCGUCUUCGUUUUGACGGAUAACAAAUUUCGACCGUUUGCUCGCAUGAGCAUGACAACUCAUGCAGACGCUGUUGCCCGAGCUCAACCACACUUGUAUUUCCCCUGUGGGAUUAUUCGAGGUGUCUUGUCUAGUCUUGGUAUCAAGGCUACUGUACAAGCUGAGACGGCCGAGUUACCAAGUGCCACAUUUCAGAUUAAGACUGCCCAGGCAAAGCCUUGA